AGAAAUAGGGUUCAUCCUUGUUAUGUUUUUACUUACAUGUAAUUGUACGUAAUAAAUGUUAGUUUGGGUCUGAGGAGUUUCAUACUGGAAGUCUAUAUUCUUCACGAAUGUCAAUGUUCGAUGAAAUCACUUCCUCUGUAUAUUUAGCACUAUUAAAACAAGCGUAGGCAUCAUUUUAGACCACAUCCCCUCUGUAAAGACGCACUGCAAGACGCAUGAACAAAAAUGGAAUUAGAGGACUUUUAUAAUAAUGCUAAAUGCAGAAAUGUUAAGAACACAACUGGAUCUCAAAGACACUGCACUUAUGAAGGAAAAGCUCGAAGCUGCAGAGGAAGUCGAUGUUUGGUGCCGAUCACUGUGUGUCUCGGGAUCAUUUGUCUUCUUCUGAUUGCUGGCAUCAUACUGCUGCAUUUUCAGGCCGCUUCUAAGCGAGGAUAUCUGUGGGGUCCAGAUGGCUUGUUCCUGUCCACUGAGUUGAAGAGCUGGUCUGACAGCAGACAGUACUGCAGGGAUCAUGGUGGUGAUCUGGUCAUUAUCAACACUGAAGAGAAGCAAAGGCACAUAUCAUCGUUUAUCAAAGAGAGAGUGUGGAUUGGUUUGUCUGACACAGAGAACAAGGGCAUCAUGAAAUGGGUGGAUAAUUCACCACUGAAACAAGGGUUUUGGGCUGAAGGUGAGCCGAAUAACUAACAUGGUAAAAGCGAGGACUGUAUUGAAAUGAGACCUUCAGAUCCUGUCCUGAACAGCUGGAAUGAUCACUCAUGCUCUGAGAAGAAAAAAGGGAUUUGUGAGAAAUAGGGUUCAUCCCUAUACUUGUCAUGCUUGUCCUUGUUUUAUGGAAUCAUUAUUAAGAAUCUAAAAGUGUCACUGAUUCUUCCUAUUAUUCUGAUUUUGAGUGUCUGUUAAACUGCUUUUGAGUUGAAUUGCUUUCUCUAUGAAUAAAAUGGUCGAGAACCACCAUUAUCAUAUUGAACUGCAUCUUUGUUUUUAUUUUUAUUACUAUUUCAUUAUUAUUAUUUAUCUACCUGAGGGUUAGAUUGAUGUGAUAGAAAAGAAACAUUGUCUUUCGAGUUAAUGGUGUU